AGCUGUAUCUUGUCUGUACCUGACUGAGCCCUUCCUGAGUUUCUUCGUUCCUCUCGAGAAUUGAAUGGGAUAUUGACGCCAUGGUAACGCGGAACGGGGUGUAUCUCGCUGGCGUGAUCGUUUCGAUUGUGGCCUUGGCCCUGACAAUCUCAUCCAUCGCCUCCCCGAGAUGGAUCUCGUACAGGGUAUUGGACCCGGCGGGCGGUAUUGUCGUCGACGCCAGCAUCGGCCUGCACCAGCGAUGCAAGUGGUCGGCUGGGGCGUCGUCGAGCAGAACCUGCGGGCCCUUCCCUGGCGAUGCGUCCUGCGACGGCGGCCGAGCGUCCUUCUGUUCCAUGUGGCGCACCGCGGGCUUUCUCAUGAACUUUGCUGUGGCUGCUGAGCUGGCCACCAUCGCCGGCUUCGUCCUCGUCAGCCGAAACGCAAGAGUCAAACGCCAUGGCGGGUGGAAGAUAUUGGGGUUUAUGUUGGUCGUUGUGGCAGCGGCUCAGUUUUUGAGUAUGGCUGUUGUGGUGAGUCAUGCAUAUCUCUUUGACCAUGACGACCUCUUUCUGGUGCCGGGGUAUUACCUGGACUCGUCGUGGUAUUUGUGCCUGUCUAGUGCGAUCAUCGCACUGCUGUGCGCAUUCGGACUGGCCAUCGCGGCUUAUGCGUUGCCUCCAGAGGAUGGAUACCAGUUCUUGCACGAUUCGAGUGAUGUCUAGGGUAACGAUGGGUGUAUGUUGGGCUGAGUCCUGUGCCCCCUAUAGCUGUUAGUGUACAGUGGCAUAUUGCAUGUACUCACU